AUGGGGGAUAUUAAUAAAGGUUUAUGUAAGUUCUACGCCAAUGUAAUGACACGUAGGCCAAGUCUUGACGUUAAGAGGUACGAAGGUACGAUAACUAUGAAGAAGGAAUAUGCUAAUUGGGCAAAAAUAGUAGUGUCCUUGGAGCGUGCAGUAUCCCAAAAGGACGCACACAAUUAUUUACAAGAGUACAGUAUCAAAUUAGGUCCAGGUGACGAUCCGAAUAAUCCAGCAUGCGAACAGAGAGGUGUAUUAAUCAUCAAAAGUAAAUCUAAAACGAGAGCUAAGCAACGUAAGGGUGCCGUUUCUAAUUGGAAGCGCGUAGGAAAAGUUACAAUAACCGAGCUGAAAAAACGUGGCAUGACCGGAGAGGAAUUGCGACAAAUAAUGUGGGGACGUGAAUCUUUUUCAACGCCUGUACGUGCUAGUCCAAAUGUCGGUGGCAAUAACAACGAAGUUUCUGCAUUAACCGCUGGCUUUGGUGACGCAUUAACCGCAGCUCUGGACGUGAUGGCCUUCGCUCAUGAUCUUGAUCUCUCUGCGGAUACAACUGAGGGAAUACCUGCCAUCAACGUCACCGACAAACAACAAACUAAGAUGCAAGCAAAAGUCCCUAAUAGUUGUCAGAGUAUAACGAACGUUCAAGUGGAUUCCAAAACGAAACUUCCAACUUUAACCACAUUUUCUGAUCUUAGUAACAAUUUCGUUGAGAAACCUAUCGAAACAAUUAACGUUCCGAUUGAAUCUAAAUUGUCCAAAGAAGAAGAUCCAUUUUUGAAACUGAUCAUAGCAUCGGAGUUGACGAACGACGAAGAAUUGCUUCCGAAAUUAGCCAAAGAUGUUUUAGAAGUGGCAGAAAAAUCAGUUAAGAUGACAAAAGAAACAACGAAAUCAAAGUCACAAAUUUUAGAAGGAUUAGCAUUGAUCAUGGCACCCACCAACGUCGAAAAUUCUGUCCCAAAAAAACAAUACUUCGUUGAAUCGAGUGACAAUGAUCUUUGCACAAAUGAAAAAGGGUUAGGAACGGAGUCAUAUCUAAGAAGAAUCAGGUCAGCGAACAACAGAUUUAUGAAGAGUAGAAAAAAAUCUGGACGGAAGCCUGGCAACGACAGUUCUUCCUCGUCCUCGUCCUCGUCUACGUCUACGUCGGCAUCGAUGUACGUCGACGAGAAUAUUAUCGGUUAUAGGUCUUUGCUGAAUGGCCCGGAAGAGGAACCGACGAAGCGUAUCCCGAACAAAGAUCGCAAGAAGUCUGUCGAAACAAUUAAGGACGAGGUCGAGCAAAAUGGUGCUAGUUGCAAUCCGUUAGAGGAUAAGCCACAGAAACGACGACCGAAGACAGCUAGGAAUAGAGUAUCACCGAAGGAGGAACCAAUUGGUAAAAGAGAAUCGAUUGAACGAAAUAAGAUACCUUUUGAAACGACGACGACGACGACGACGACGACGAUGGAAACGGAAACGACGACGGAUCCAUUGGAACCAUGGAGCACGCGUGGUAUUAAAGACAUGAACGCCAUAUUGGCUUGGAAGGAAAAUACACUGGACAGUCCUUAAUGUAACUUUAUGAUACUGAGGUUGCACCUACUACAGACACCUCCUACAACCAACCAACCAACCCAUCCAACUAU